AACUUUACAUUGUAUCGCACUCACAGCAAGACCAUGCAAUGUAUAAAUUGAUGACCGGAAUUAACCAAUAUUAUCAAGUGUGCGUAAGAGCAUUUAAAAUCGAGAUUAAAAUGGCCAACGUGGUUCAAAUACAAGAAACUGGGUCGAUCUUCGACUUUCGACUCGGAAGUCUGGCUUCCGAGGAUUCAGGAACACACCACAAGACCCAUGUGCAGCGACUCCGCGCCUGUCGUCAUCAACGUUCGACUAAACGUGAUUACGCGUUCCCCGGGCGCCGGCGGAGAAGUUUGAAAACAAACAUGUGAAACUUUUAGCGUCCAAUGUUCAUAGUUUAAUGUUCAUAGUUUUGAUCGUGUUCCCAUUUAAUCAAGCGUGUGAAACCCUAAAAUACGAGACUCGGCUGAAAGUGAACGCGAGGCCGUGCAGUCAUGGCUUCCCCCUCAGCCCCUGGAGAAGUGUCUGGGGACGGGUCUGCCAGCGUGGAUGCCAAGGCGGAGCUUUCGGCCCUUCUUGACCAAUGGGAGAAGGCGCAACAGGGCACCACUGUUGAGCUUGUCACUAUUCUCACCAACAUCUCUGAGCUGAUCGAGCGCGAGACGGAGGAGUACCACAAGGCAGACCCUGACCCCUUCGAUGACCGCCACCCGGGGAGGGCUGACCCAGACUCCAUGCUGGGACACAUUCUCAAGAUGCUCUUCAGGAACGACGACUUCACAAACGCUCUGUUGAAUGGCUAUGUGAUGACCAGCAGGGAGCUGAGCCUCAACACGGCCGCCUGCCGCCUCCUCCAGGACAUCAUGCCAGGCCUGGAGAGUGCUGUGGUCUUCCAGGAGAAGGAGGGGCUGGUGGAGAAGCUGUUUGUCUGGGCCCGGGAGGCAGAGUCACCGCUCUGCGUCUACAGCACAGGUCUAUUGGCCAGAGCCAUGGCCAAUCAGGAGAUAGCUGCUAACUACAGGGAGGAGAACGCUCUGCUGGUCCCUCUGAUGAUCCAGCGGCUGAGGGAGCUCCGGACCCAGGAGGCGGGGUCGGAUGGUCAUGACGAUGCCCCCCAGAUCCCUCCCCACCAGGACGCCUCUUCGUCGGGGGCGGGCCCCGUCACCCAGGAGGAGGAGGAGGAUGAAGGAGAGGAGGAGGAGGAGGAGGAGACCCCGUGUAAACGUCUCUUUGUGCUGGGCUCCGCUCAGAAGACUGCAGGAGGAGGAGGUGGUGUGCCUGUGCGCCUCCUUCCCGACCCCGUGUUCCAGGCCAGUCCCGAUCCUGGCCUCCGUGAGGCCGGGGUUAGGGGGGUAGGAGGUGCUGGACUAAAGAGGAAGGCGGGUAGAGAGGGCGGGAAGAAGGCCAAGCAGAAGCUGAACUUCCCCUCAUUGGAGGCAGAGCAGAGGAAAGACCCCGGCAGCCAGCCGACCAAUAGCGGCUCCUGGGCUGAGCAGUGCUCCAUGGUGAUUGGUACAAACUACCGCCUUUCACCCCUGACCCCGGCCAUGGAGCAGAGACUCAUCCUGCAGUACCUGAUGCCUCUAGGAGACUACCAGGAGCUGCUAGCGGUGUUCGUGCAGAUGGACUGCAGGGAGCUGCUGAUGGGUUACCUAGACCUCAGACGGACCAACGAUGUUCAGCUCACUUUUGAUGCACUCCUGUACCUGGCCUCUCUGCUGCUCCAUAAGAAGUUUGCAGCAGAGUUCAUCAAUCAUGGCGGGGUUCAGCGACUCCUGGAGAUCCCCCGUCCCUCCAUGGCCUCCACUGGGGUCUCGCUCUGCCUCUACUACCUGGCCUACAACCAGGACGCUAUGGAGAGGGUGUGCACCCUGCCGGAUGGCGUGCUGGCCGGCGUGGUGAGCUACGCCCUGUGGCUCCUGGAGUCGUCCCACGCCUCAGGCUGCUGCCACGCCACCAUGUUCUUCUCCAUCUCCUUCCCCUUCCGCUCCGUCCUGCUGCUGUUCGACCGGCAGGACGGCCUCAGACGCCUCGUCAACCUGGUGAGCACACUGCAGAUCCUCAGUGCUGAAGAGCAGGUGUCCGUCCUGAGUGACGACCAGGUGUUCUCUAGCAGACAGACGGCCAAACAUACCUGCAUGGCCCUGCGCAGGUACUUUGAGGCACACCUGGCUGUGAAGACGGAGCAGGUGAAGCAGCGGUCUGAAGGGGGCGCUGUGGUGCCUAAACAGCCCCACUAUAAGGCAUGUACGUCCAGCAGGGAGCAGGUGGUGGAGAUGAUGGAGUACCUGGUGGAGUGUGCCCCGCCCAACCUCCACUGGGACCCCGUCGAGAUGUUCCUCAAGCUCUCCUGCGUUCCCCUCAUGCUGCAGCUCAUCUCCGCCGCCUGCGACUGGAGGACCUACUACGGCAGGAGCGACACGGUGCGCUUUGCUCUGGACAUCCUGGCCAUCGUCACCGUGGUCCCCAAGGUCCAGCUGGUCCUGGCCGACACCGUGGAGGUCCUGGAUGAGACCCACUCCCCGGUCUCCACCAUGGGUAUGAGCAUCAUCCUGGGUGUGGCGGAGGGAGAAGUGUUUGUCAACGACGCAGAGAUCCAGAAGUCAGCCCUGCAGGUGAUCACGAACUGCGUGUGUGCACCAGACCAAAGCCUGACCACUGCUGGGGGGUUCUGGCCCCAGCAGCUCCCCGGCCCCUCCAACCGAGUCCUGACCCGCAUGUGGCAGGUGGUCCAGAACAACAACGGCAUCAAGGUCCUUCUGGCGCUGCUGUCGGUGAAGAUGCCCAUCACGGAUGCUGACCUGAUCCGCUCCAUGGCCUGUAAGGCGCUGGUCGGUCUCUCGCGCUGCUCAGCCAUCAGACAGAUCAUCAGCAAACUGCCCCUGUUCAGCAGCGGGCACAUCCAACAGCUGAUGAAGGAGCCCGUGCUGCAGGACAAGCGCAGCGAGCACGUCCGCUUCUGCCGCUUCGCCGCCGAGCUCACCGAGCGCAUCUCCGGCAAGCCCCUGAUCGGCACGGACGUGUCGCUGGCGCGCCUGCAGAGGGCCAGCGUGGUCGCCCAGUCCCGCAUCACCUUCCCCGAGAAGGAGCUGCUCAUGCUGAUCCGAAACCACCUGCUGGCCAAGGGGCUCCAGGACACCGCCAGCACGCUGCUCCGGGAGGCCGACCUGCCCACCGCCCCCGCCUGCCCCAUGGCCACGCCUGCCUCCUCCAGCGUCGUCCCGUUGACGAGGACCCCACGCCUCGCCAACGGGAUCGGGGCCCGGGCGGCCCCGGGGACUCCGGUCAGCGCCGCUCCCCACGGCGCUCCCCCUCGGACGCCCUCCGUCUCUCAAGCUCCUCCCUCCUCCUCCACUGCCUCCCCUGGCCUCACCCACUACCAGGGCUCUCCUCUGGUCGGCCGGAUCCUCUUCUCCCGUGAGCGUCCGUCCAAUCUGUGCUCAGUGAAGAAACCUCGGGUUCUGAGGCAGAAGUCCGACCACGGGGCCUUCAUUCAGAGCCCGGCGAUGAAGAAGCCCCUGGAGAGCCACCUGCCGUCCCCCCCGACCCUGGACAGCAUCAUCACGGAGUACCUGAGGGAGCAGCACGCCCGCUGCCCCAACCCCGUCACCACCUGCCCGCCCUUCUCCCUUUUCACCCCCCAUCGCUGCCCCGAGCCCAAGCAGCGGCGCCAGGCCCCCCACAACUUCACCUCCCGCCUGUCCUCCCGCCUCCUCUACCCCAAGUACGGUGGAGUGGACCGGGGCUGCCUGGACAGGCACCUCAUCUUCAGCAGGUUCAGACCUAUGUCGGUCUUCCACGAGGGCGACGGCGACGAGAGCGGCUUCACCUGCUGUGCGUUCUCGGCACGUGAGCGCUUCCUGAUGCUGGGCACGUGCACGGGUCACCUGAAGCUCUACAACGUCUUCUCCGGCGAGGAGGAGGCCAGCUACACCUGCCACAACUCCGCCAUCACACACCUGGAGCCCAGCAAGGAUGGAAAGCUGUUGUUGACCUCUGCGUCCUGGAGUGUUCCACUGUCUGCUCUCUGGAGCAUGGAUAGUGUCUUCACCCCCAGUCACUCCUUCGAGGACGACCACUACGUGGAGUUCAGCAAACUGUGUCAGGACCGUGUCAUCGGAACCAAGGACCAGAUCGCUCACAUUUAUGACAUCCAGACGGGCCAGAAGAUCCAGACUCUGAGCGACCCCGCCCUGGCCAACAACUACAAGAGGAACUGUGCGACCUUUAACCCAAGCGACGACCUGGUCCUGAACGACGGCGUGAUGUGGGACGUGCGCUCGGCGAGGGCCAUCCACAAGUUUGACAAAUUCAACAUGAACAUCAGUGGAGUGUUUCACCCCAACGGGCUGGAGGUGAUCGUCAACACGGAGAUCUGGGACCUCCGGACGUUCCACCUGCUGCACACAGUGCCCGCCCUGGACCAGUGUAGGCUGGUGUUCAACAGCAACGCCACCAUCAUGUACGGAGCCAUGCUGCAGGCGGAUGAGGAAGACAAUGCCAUGGACCAGCAGAUGAAGAGUCCCUUCGGCUCCUCCUUUAGGACCUUCGACGCCACCGACUACAAACCCAUUGCCACAGUGGAUGUGAAGAGGAACAUCUUUGACUUGUGCACCGACAGCCGGGACUGCUACCUUGCAGUCAUAGAGAACCAGGACACAAUGAGUUUGGACACAGUGUGCCGUCUCUAUGAGGUCGGCCGACACAAACUAGCUGAGGAGGGAGACGACGACGACGAUCAGGAUGACGAGGAUCAGGAGGACGACUCUUCAGACUCGGACGACGAUGAUGACGACGACGAUGAUGACGACGACGAGAUCGACAUCGGGGAGGCGAUGGUCGGCGCCGCCGAGAGGGACGCGGGGAACGCAGAGGGAGGGGACUCUCUGUCGGACGAGGUGGCCCGUCUCCUUGCCAACCACAGCGAUGGUGACGAUGACUCUGACGGAGAGUUCAGUCUGGGGGACUCCGACUCCUCAGACAGCUCUGGGAACACGGACACCUCUGACCUGGAGGACGAGCUCCUGAGGACGCUGGGGGAGGACUGAGGAGUGCCCCCUACCUGCUGAACUGGUGUACGCCCACCUCCAACCCAACACUCUGCCUCCUGCCCCGUUGUUAGACUGUGGGUUCUGUGCUAAAGGGGUCGGUCGUCUAAGUGACCGGGACACGACUCAAAACGACUGUGAAACUAACUGAGGUAGCCACAGGCUGGGUAAGCAGAACCCUUCCCUGCAGCGGUGGUCGAGGAGCUGCCAGACACUAGAGCUAAACCGGGAGGAACGGCACCAUCUACAGGGACACUGUAGUACUGCGGUUGCUGUUUGUGAUUUGCUGCCUUUGGGGCCAGGCCAUGCGACCUCAGAGAUGGCUGGAGGUUGACUUGGCGGUUGGAUGGAGUGGUGUUGUCCUUGUGGUUUGGUUUUAAUAUUUGGUAACUCUUCCGAUGUGAUGAACGCGAUUACGUUUUAUUUAUCUUUUUUUUUUCUGUUAAAUUCAUGAUUUGGAUUGAUGAGCCGUUUGAAAUUGGUGUAUAUUGUAUUGUAUCAUCAGGCUUAUUGUGAAUCUGAGUGCAUUAGUUCUCUCAUCUAGACAUACGUCAAUGUUCGAGUUUGCGGCCAGCGAUGAACGCUUGGUUUAGUGUUUUCAAAACACGACAAAAAUGUUUCACUUAUUUAGUUGACAUUAAAAUGUAAAGAACCUUCCCAAAUUGUUUGAACGGUUUUGGACAUUUUAAUUUGACGUUCGGCCUAAAGUAUAGACCCCUCAGCAUUUUUCUUAUUUUUAUAGGUAAUGAGGGGGUGAUGGAAGUUAUUUUCAUAUUUGCCUUGGCCUCAACUUAAACCCAACGUGGUAUUCCUUUUGGAAAGGCGGCCUAAAGCAAGAUGUGUUUUGAGUUUGAAACGUCUGUCGUCUGCUGCUCUUGAGAUCGGACCGACCGCGUUUUUAUUUGACUCGUUUGUGUCUCAUGUUCUCCGAGUCCCUGUUGGUCGGACCCCAGAGAACAGACAGACAGGACAGAGGUCAAGGACUGGAAACCUUCCGGACUCGCAGCCGUCUGGGGGGGCAGAAAGCGGACCGCCUGAGAGACGAGGCCACAGCAGUGUUAGAGAGGCGUUGACUUUUUAUAAAAGAUUGUACCGUCUAUAAAUCUCAGUAAUUUAUAAAAACUUGACUGCUGAAAA